AUGCCAGUGAACUACCUCAAGAACCUCAGUGUCUUAGACUUAUCUGGGAACCAAGUCACGGAGAUAUCUGACACAGUUCCUUCCAGGCUUGAAAGUCUGGAAAAUCUAUACCUCACGGACCACAGUCUACAAAAGCUAAUGCAAGGAUUUGUAGACAUUGAUGCUAAGUACGUAAAUACGUUUGGAAGAUCGAUCAUUGUUGGAAAUGACUCUUCUUCAUUUUAUUGGCUGGUCCAUGAAAAUGAGAGAAUGAGCAGGCUACCAGACAAUUUGUGUGAAUUUAACAACACACUGGUCACUCUGAACCUAAGAGGAAACAGAAUACAAAGUAUUGAAGGAAUUAACUGUUUGAAUUUUCUGGACUUUUUAGAUGUAAGUGAAAAUCCCAUUUCGGUUGUAUCUAAUGAAACUUUCUCUGGUAUGCCUAGCUUGCGUGUUCUUCUUCUAGCCAAUACGAACAUAAAAACUAUAGAACCAAACACGUUCAAUCCGGCAGGUACAGAAAUUUAUAUCCCCGAUUUAUCAGACAAUACUUUCUUAUCUUUUGAUGUGUCUAAUGUCUACUUUGAGCGUAGAGCGUUUUGUAACAUUACUCUGGUUAGAUGUAAUAUAACAUUUGUGAAAAAAGAAGAAACAAUGUUAAAAACAGGAGUGAAGUAUGGUGGUGGGGAGGUGGUACUUGCUGACUCUACAAUAAACCACCAUCCUAUCCAGUUGAUAUUUGGAUCUAGCGUUUCGUCCCUCCGAAAUUUAUACAAGUAUGAUUUCACUGGCAGGUUUACCUUUAAGAAGCUAGUUCUCCCUUGUGAUUGUAAUUUAGGAGCGCUGAUGUCGGGAGAAAUAGAGGUAUUUAGAAGAUUUUAUCAUUUACCAAACGACGAUUCAUAUACGUGUUCCUCUCCAGAGCAUCUGAAGAAUUUCAAUGUUUUAAAUGUAUUUAAUGAUACCGCGUUGUUAGACAUGUUUGUGUGUCAAAAACAAAAUUUUUGUCCGUCUGUCUGUACGUGUAUAGAGCAACCUAGUCGAUAUCGGAUGAUCGUGGACUGUUCGAAUCGAAAUCUUACAAGUCUUCCAACGUAUCUCCCUGAAACUAUUUACAACAUAGAACUCAACUGCAGCAACAACGCGAUUACAGAUGUUAUACCAGUUAACUAUCUUAAGAACCUCAGUGUCUUAGACUUAUCUGGGAACCGAGUCACGGAGAUAUCUGACACAGUUCCUUCCAGGCUAGAAAGUCUGGAAAGCCUAUACCUCACGGACCACAGUCUACCAAAACUCACGCGAGGAUUUGCAGACAUUGAUGCUAGUAAGGUCUGGUUUGGACGAAACAGUGUGCCGUGUAGUUGUCAGGAAAAAUGGAUCAAAGCAUGGAGGUUAGGGUCAAAGGUCAAUAGUUCAAAUCCUCUACUGUGUCAAACAGACUCACAUGGUAUUCUACGUGCUGAGAUAGCCUUUGACAGUUGUAUAGAAAAUGAAUUCGACGAAAAUUAUUUUGCUUUUUUUCUCCUUCCUGCUAUAGCUUUGAUGGCAAUGUAUAUGAUCCGAGUCUUCAGAUUUGAUGCCAUCAUAAUAAAGAGUCGUUUUAGAACAAAGAAGAACACAAACUAUUGCUAUGAUGUUUAUGUUCUUUUUGACGAUACAAAUUCAGAUAUUAUUAAGUACUCACUUGACAUCUUUAGACAUCUUCGACAAAAUGGGUACGAGUGUUUUGUUCCACCAAUUCACGAAGACGUCGGCGAUGCCCUUGUAGGCUAUGAGGAUGCUGCUUUAGAACUCGCCUUCAAAGAGACAAUGGACAAAGCCCAACAACGUGCAGUCUAUAGGAACAAAAAUCUCAAAAUCGAAGACUUCUUCUACAGAGUUAAUUCGGAAGACAGUUUUGAAGUUUCCACGGAACUUUGUAGAGUGAUUUCCUUUGGCAGUAAAGUGAUAUUCGGCACGAACUCUCGAAUAUCUUCAGAAUAUGUGACGUCACUGUGUAGCCAACUGUCAAUACCUAACAUUCAGAUACACUGGAAUUCGAACAAGAUUGUGACCGACACCACGCGGCCCGAUAGGAACCACAUGACCUUGAACCUUUAUCCCUACCACCACACACUGAGUGCUGCCCACAGAGAUCUGAUCAGAUUCUGGAAGUGGCACAAAUUUGCCGUACUGUAUGAAGAUAAUGACGGCCUCAUACGACUUCAAGACAUUUUGAAGCUGUCAGCCAAAGGUCGCGUUGUCAUAGCGACAAGAAAAAUCGACUUUGUAAAUAGUGAGAACCUGACGAAAGUCUUAGAGGAACUGAAGAAGGCGGAAUAUCAGCAGAUAAUUGUGGACUGUCACUACGAGAGGGUGUACACUGUCCUCCAAAAGGCUGCCGAAACCGAGGCUCUGUCAGAAUAUUUCCACUACCAUUUUAUGACACUGGACCUGGGGGUCGCCGACAUUUCCGACUUCGCUGCUGCCGGAGCCAAUAUUACGGCCCUGAGGAUGGUCAACCCAGAACAAUCCCUGGUCAAGAACGUCACAGAAGAAUGGAAACAGCUGCAAUUCAACAUCCGGGGAAACAAAUCACCACUACGAAAAGGACAGCUGCAGAUCCCAACAGAAACUGCCCUAAUGCAUGAUGCUGUGUGGGUGUUUUUUCACGCGGUAAAUGCUUUGAACGAACAGAACCCACGUGCUCUGACGUCAUUUGACAGGGUAUCAUGUGACACGUCAACACCGUGGAAUUAUGGGAAAGAAUUACUGGAUUUCAUGAAAAGUGUACAGACAAAAGGGCUCACCGGAAAUAUCGAAUUCGAUGAGUAUGGACAGAGGAAAAAUUUUGAGUUGGAUGUUGUUAAACUCCGACAGAACAACGACCUCCACAAGAUUGGCGUGUGGAAUUCUAUGCCAUUCCUCAACAUCACGGACGACGAGGAGCCUUUAUCGAAGCUCAAUAAAACUCUCAAGGUGCUGACUGUAUUGGAACUCCCUUAUGCUUGGAAGAGAAAAGAUGAAAACGGAAACAUUGUAUACGAGGGAUUCUGUAUUGACAUUCUUAACGCCAUUGCGGAGAAGAUGAAAUUCAAUUACGAAAUACAAGAGGAGGAUUCGUACGGAAAUUGUUAUCCGGAUGAGGAUUAUUGCACUGGGAUGUACCAGAAGUUAAUUGACAGGAAAGCUGAUUUAAUUGUUGGGGGCAUUACCAUUACGUCGGCCCGUGAGCAGUACGUCGAUUUCACCAAACCUUUUUGGAAUCUUGGUAUCACAAUUUUAUUCCGGAAACCAAAACCGAAACCUGUUCGUCUCUUUUCUUUCCUGGAUCCGUUCCACAAGGAUGUUUGGGUGUACAUGAUUGCUAUAUAUCUGUGUGUGAGUUUUAUGUUUUUCGUCAUUGCCAGACUGACGCCGUACGAGUGGUGUAACCCUUAUCCCUGUGAUCAGGACGAAGACAUUGUGGAGAACCAGUUUUCUGUUCUCAAUAGUAUGUGGCUAACCAUUGGAUCAAUCCUGCAGCAAGGUUGCGAGCUUGCACCUCGGACGGUGUCUACCCGAAUGGUAGCGGGUGUCUGGUGGUUUUUUACUCUGAUUAUUAUUUCCUCUUACACCGCUAACCUUGCGGCCUUUCUCACGGCCGGCAGAAUGCAGUCACCGAUAGAAAGCGCUGCUGACCUUUCCAAACAAACAGAAAUCAAAUACGGCACUUUACAAACAGGAUCAACCUACAGUUUCUUCCAGAAUUCCAUCUUUCCUGUGUAUCAGAGAAUGUUUGCGUUUAUGAAAAAGCAGAAACCUACAGUGUUUGUACAGAAUUCUGCUAAGGGGGAGGAACGCGUACUCAAGGGGAAUUACGCCUACUUUGCUGAAUCCACAACAGUAGAAUAUAAGGUGGAGCGCGACUGCGAGCUCAUGCAGAUCGGAAACUGGCUCAACUCGGUCGGAUAUGGAAUUGCUUUACCUAAAGGCUCUCCGUACAGACACAAGAUAUCACAGGAGAUAUUGUACUUAAUGGACAACCAGAUCAUCAAGAAGUUCUACAACAAAUGGUGGAAGAGGAUGUACAUAAACCAGACGUGUGAAUCGGAGAAGAAGGAUAAUAACAACGCCCUCAAAAUAGAGAACAUAGGCGGGGUAUUCGUAGUACUGAUGGGCGGAGUCGGUAUCGCUAUGGUGAUUGCAGUCAUUGAGUUCAUCUACUAUGCCUGGACUAAAAGGGACCUUCCGGACCCGAUAUGUACCCAAGUUAAAGAUGAAUUAUGUUUCGCCUUGCGCUGCUUUGGGCCUUCAUCAAAACCGGCUGACCACGUGAUCAGGGCUAGUAAAAGCGACCUCUCUCGGAAUGCAGUGUCCACGGCGUCUUUGGGACACGAGUACGCAAACACUAUUCGAGAUAUACAUAACUUGGAUGGGUCUUCGUUUGAUGUAAAUGUGGAUACCACAGAUGUACUCAUAGAUGGUUUCUUUGACUCUGAAGACACGCCCACGGAGCUGUCAUUCAGGUGGACCUGUCAGCAUGUGAACCUGAGGGGACUUCCGGGAAACAGGACCACGCCCAUCCUACUGGUGUACACCUCCAACAGAGUCAAGAACAAUUCCAUAAGCAUUGGCACGGAUGUCUGUCGCAGAAUUGAGGCUGGUGCAAAAGUAAUUUUUGGUCCGUCUCCUGGAAAAGCGGCAAAUUACAUCAAGUCUAUCAGCAAAAACCUGGAAAUCCCGCUAAUCAAUAUCCAUGAUGAGAUUCCUUCCGGGUCAAAGGAGAGCCGUGGGGUCUCUGUUAAUUUGUUCCCCCACUAUCUCGCACUCAGCCAAGCACACCGAGAUCUCAUCAAACACUGGAAAUGGGGAAAGUUUACGAUGCUUUACGAAGACAACGCAGGUCUUAUUCGACUUCAAGAAAUCUUCAGUUUGACUACUCUACCAGACGUAAGAAUCAACUUACAACAACUCAACGUUAGGGAUCCAAGAAGCUUUCUUGAAUUAUUUUUAGGCCUUAAAGAUGCCGGUGAAAACAGGAUCGUAAUAGAUUGUCACUCCACACACAUACAACUGAUACUGAAAAAAGCUAUGCAAGUAAACGUACUCACCGAGUACUUUCACUUUCACUUUACCAACCUGGAUUUUAGUAUAGUGGAUUUGUCUCCCUUUAUGUAUUCUGGGGCAAACAUCACUGGAAUGAGGCUUGUUAACCUUGAAAACCCUAAGGUUGCCGCUGUUGUCAAUCUCUGGAAGAAUGAACUAGAAUCCAGCUCUUUCAGCCUUUCACCUUUGACCCCGGGUCAAACGCAAGUACCGGUUGGAGCGGCGUUAAUGUAUGACGCCAUUAAUCUGUUGUAUCGUGGUGUCGACCUCCUUACAAAGAGACGCCAUGUCAACUUUAACCGGAAGGUCAGUUGUGAAGGCGGAAAUAAUUCUUUGCCAUGGUUCAACGGAAACUCCCUCAUCAACGCUCUCAAGAUGGUGACGUAUGAAGGACUGACGGGGAGGAUUCGAUUAAACAAUCUUGGGGAACGACAUAAUUUUUCUCUGGAUGUGGUCAAAGUUAAAGAAAAGCCUCUCUUUAAGAUCGGUACUUGGGACCAUAAUCGAGGGGUAAAAAUAACAGCUAAAUCCGAAUUUCCCACUGACGUCAGAAAAAACCUCCUGACCAAUAAAACACUCUCUGUCAUCACCGUCUUGGAACCUCCCUACGUGUUUGAAAUCAUAGACGAUAACGGGACAGUAUCUUAUGAGGGAUUUUGCAUUGACCUUUUAGAUUCUAUCGCAGAAAUACUCGGUUUCAGGUACAACGUGACCCCUGAACCUAACGGUCACUAUGGUAACUGUUAUGGCGAUGUCUGUGAUGGAAUGGUCAAACAGCUGGUAGAAAGGGCAAUGGAUUUAGCUGUGGCAGGUAUGACUAUCACAUACAGCCGUGAAGAAGUCAUUGACUUCACAAAGCCUUUCUGGAACCUUGGCAUAACAAUCCUAUUCCGGAAACCGAUGGCGCCCCCUGCCGAACUGUUUAAAUUUCUUUCACCUUUCACAUUCGAACUUUGGGCCUACGUCUUAGCGGUGUAUAUUGUGGUCAGUAUCAUGAUGUUUGUUACCGCCCGACUGACACCUAACGAAUGGGACAAUCCUUACCCAUGUGACACCACAAACGAGAUUCAGGAGAACCAAUUCUCUGUCAUGAAUAGUCUGUGGUUCACCAUAGGAGCAUUAAUGCAACAAGGUUCAGAGAUUUCUCCAAAAGCUACCUCAACUCGUUUGGUAGCAGGCGUCUGGUGGUUUUUCACCUUGAUCAUGAUUUCAUCGUACACCGCCAACAUGGCUGCUUUCCUUACGAUCGAAAGAAUGGUGAAUCCAAUCGAGAGUGCUGAGGAUCUGGCAAAUCAAAACGAGAUCAAGUAUGGGACACUUGAGUCGGGGAGCAGUCGAGCUUUUUUUGCUGGCUCCAAUGCCCAAUUAUACAAAAAGAUGUAUAUGGCCAUGAAAUCAGCUACUCCAAGCGUGUUUGUAAAAUCCUCCAAUGAGGGAGAAAAGCGAGUAAUGGCGGGAAACUAUGCUUACUUGGCCGAAUCGACAACGGUAGAGUAUCGAAUCGCCAGGAACUGUGACCUCAUGCAGGUGGGACAACAACUCGACUCCAAAGGUUACGGGAUUGGACUUCCCAGAGAUUCACCAUACAGAGACAAACUUUCAAGCGCCAUCUUGCAUCUACAAGAAGGGGGCGUAAUUCAAUCCCUGUACGACAAAUGGUGGAAAAGGAAAAAUAUCAACAAAUUUUGUGACGACGAUAAAGCGCCAUCUACAAAGGCUCUAGAACUUAAGAAUGUAGGUGGCGUCUUUGUUCUCGUGUUGACGGGCACUGUCUGUGGGCUACUGAUGGCUGUAAUUGAAUUCAUCUGUAACGCUAGAAAAAUAGCAAAGAAAGGAGAGAAUUCAUUAUGGUUUGAAAUUAAACAACAACUCUACUUCGCCGUCAGAUGCUGUAAAUUCCAGAAAAUUCCCAAAAGUGUAUCUUCAGUCAGCGUUUUAGGGGACGAUCUGGAAACAAGGAGCGAAGAUGAACGACAGAUCGAUGACAAUAGUGAUAAGCUAGCCAAUCAGAACCUACCAAGUAAAGAAAAGAUACUGCUUUUGCAAAACAACGAUCAAGAGAACGCGAUCAGCAAUGGAAUCAUUUCUUCCUCAAAUGGUGACAAAAUUGUGACCGAAAGUUCAAGUGAAGUUUAAAAGUUUCGAGAUAUGUUAGAAAACUAGACUGAUACAUGUAGAAAACAUGUGACGUCAAUUUAUUUUUGUCAUUAACACUUUUCUUUUACUGAUUUUAACUAUGUGCAAUAUUAAAUAUACAUUGUAGAGCCUUUAACUUCAAAUAUGUCACUUCUAAAUGCAUUUCACCGGGAGAAAAAGAAGACGACAAUUGUGCAAUAUAUGAAGAAAUUGUACUAUAUGUGUCUAAUUUAUAACCAAAGUUAAACUGUUUUGUACUAAACUCUCCAAGAAACCGAACGCUUCAUUAACCUUUUAUUCAUUGUUAUUGUAAAUCAACCUUGUAUACCCGCUGAUUUGGCCAAAGACUAAAUUUCUACAUCAUGAAAUGUGUAACACAAUCCUACAAGAUUGUGAAUUUUACCGAUAAUUUAAUUUCAUUUGUAGCCUUAUUGUAAGAAUAAUUACAUUAAUAUAUAUUUAUGUUAUCGAUCAUCAAUAAAAGAGGGGUUUGGUAAGGACUUAAAGUCCCCAUACUCUACUGC